AUGCUAACCACGCGGAAAGAUCUGGUGUGGAGCAUCAAGAAAAACUUGUUCACACUUUCAAGCCAAGACCUUCGCCGGGUCGCAAGGAGCGUCGCAGCUGAAUGUCAAGAUGUCAUCGGCUUCGGUGACGAUUAUGAGACUUGCGUGGACUAUGUCAUUUCGCAUACCCAGUCGGACACCUUGCUAGAACUUGAAGAUGAAGGAAUACAGCAUUCCAGAACCACCCCUUACCACCCGCAGGGCAACCCCGCUGAGAGGCUAAAUCGCACCUUGCUACAAAUGCUGAGAACUCUUGGACAAAAGGAAAACGAAAACUGGAAAGACCAUUUACCUUACAUCAUGCUUUCAUACAAUUGCACUAAACAUGAGGCCACAGGUUUUUCCCCAUACUACUUACUGUAUGGCCGUCAUCCCCGCCUCCCAAUUGACCUUGUCUUUGGCCUCGUCACUGAAAGUAAAACUGAGACACCAAGAGGAUAUGCUGACAAAUGGAUGGAAAAGAUGACUGAGGCAUACCGCAUAGCCAAUUCCAACAGCCAAUCGUCCAGUUCAAAGGGCAAGAAAAACUAUGAUAAAAGAUGCAAAGGAGUGACACUUCAGCCAGGCAACAGGGUCCUGGUGCGAAACCUGAGAGAAAAGAGGGGACCAGGUGUGUUGUGUGAUGCAGAGCUCUCCUUUACCUUGGAGCCAAGUGACAUCAUCGCAGUGCAGGAACAGCCCCUUAUGCUUCAUUGCCAGGUGGACGGUACCCCCCCUAUUACCACACAAUGGAGGCACAACAGCAUGCUUUUAUCUCAGGACCAGUAUCACAUCACCUUCAAUAAUGGCUCUCUCCUCAUCGGACACUUUCUCAAGACCAAAUCUGACAACACAUCAGAUGAAGGGGACUAUGAGUGUAUAGCCCAGAACUCUUUUGGCCUGGUGGUGAGCCGUAAGGCGCGCAUCCAAGCAGCCACCAUGGCCAACUUCCAUGUCCAACCAGAGCCAGUGCAUGCUGAGGAGUCUGGUGUGGCCAGAUUCCAAUGCCAAAUCCAUGGUUUGCCAGAGCCUGUUAUCAGCUGGGAAAAAGAUGGACAACCUGUGGACACGAAGGACAAAAGGUACACUCUUCUACCUACGGGUGUUUUACAGAUUACAGGAUUGCGUGAGGAGGACAGUGGAAAUUUCUGCUGUGUGGCUCAUAACAGUGCAGGAGUGAAACACAGUACAGAGGCCCUCCUUUCUGUUUCAGGCUCCCAGUCAUCCGUUUACAAGGAACCGAUGAUCCUAGUCGGUCCGGAAAAUCUCACCCUCACUGUUCACCAGACCGCCAUUUUGGAGUGUGUUGCCACAGGAUACCCUCGCCCCAUUGUUUCGUGGAGCAGGCUAGAUGGACGCCCAAUCGGGGUGGAGGGAAUCCAAGUACUCGGCACUGGAAACUUGAUGAUUUCCGAUGUUGGCGUGCAGCACUCGGGAGUUUAUGUGUGUGCUGCUAACAAGCCAGGGACCCGUGUUCGAAGGACUGCUCAGGGACGUCUAGUGGUCCAAGCUCCUGCAGAGUUUAUUCAACCUCCCCAGUCUAUUUCUCGGCCUGUGGGAACGACUGCUAUCUUCACUUGCCAAGCCCAAGGUGAGCCCGAGCCCCAGUUGACCUGGCUGAAAAAUGGCCAGAUCCUAGAGCCUGGUGGCAACGUCAAACUCAGGAACAACAACAGCACACUGACGAUAUACAGCAUCAGUCAAGAGGACGAGGCCAUUUAUCAGUGCAUUGCUGAGAACAACGCCGGCUCCACCCAAGCCAGUGCUCGCCUUACAGUGCUCUGGGCUGAUGGUCUCCCUGGUGUGCCCACCAAUGUACAGGCCAAGGCCCUCUCACCCACCACCAUCCAGGUGUCUUGGAGGGAGCCUGAUCGAAACACACCGGACAUCAUCGGCUAUGUGCUUCACAUUCGCAGGACCCUGGACCCAGUGGAGAUGGAGUAUGAAGAGGCAGUCAGUAAGGUGACACUGCAGCAGAUCAUCCGAGAUCUUGAGCCUUCCACCAGUUACACCUUUUACGUCAAAGCCUAUACGUCAUACGGUGCCAGCAAACCAUCAGACCAUGCUACAGUGAGCACUUAUGGGGAAGUUCCAGCACCACCCUCCCUUUUCGCCAAAGUUGUGAACAGCAGUGUUGUGCAAGCAAUAUGGGAAGCUUCCACCAAGAUGGGUGAACAUCAAGGCUUCCGACUGUAUUACAGAAGAGCCCAUGCAGCAGUGUUCACUGGUCCCAUUUUCUUACCACGCAACGCUACCCGAUAUAACAUCACUCAGCUGGAUCCUUCUCUGGUUUAUGAGAUAAAUCUGCUGGCAUACAACCAACACGGAGAUGGCAAUGCCACCAUGCGCUUUGUUUCACUUCGAGAGGCAUUGGAGAAAUCUGUUCUAGAUGCGUCCUGUGACUGUGUGCAAGAUGAACACAGCAAAACAUCCACUACAGGCAUCGUAAUUGGCAUUCACAUUGGAGUCACCUGCAUCAUCUUCUGCGUUCUUUUCCUGGUUUUUAGCUACCGUGGAAGGUUGAUGAUGUGUAAGGCAGUUCAGGCCACCCCCCAGGCGGCACACAGCACAGCACUGGAAUCCGCUUCUUCCCGGGAGGGCUCUGGGCUGAAUAUACCCACUAGAAGAGAAAUGGAGGUCAAUUGUAGCACAGAAGGGAACAAAGUGGUUGACAGCAAUGAGCUGGAAAGAUUCUUCUCCCAACCCAACACACUAGACCCACGCAUGGCUGACGGGACCCUCAUGACCAACUCACCAAAUGAUACCCAACUGUCCACAAUACCAAUGGACGAAUUCACCGUGGAGCAGGGCACAGCGAUCCACUUACAAGAGUCACCUGCAACCCGAACAGCUCAACAGAACCAAGGCUAA